AGGUCAUUCGGUUCAAUGGCUCAAUUUAAACUUGAAAUGAGAAACUGAAAUGUCAACAAACUUAACUUUAUUUAGGUUAUUUUUAUACCAAAACAUUGUGAUCAGUGAUUUCAAUUCAAUAAAAAUAUGAAUUAAAUAUUAUUAGAGUAGCUUUGUUCAAAGUAACAAAAAUGACGACCAGGCUUUUGGGGCGGAUGCUUCUUCCAAUAAUUAUAAAUACACGAAUAAAACCAGCAAACCUCGUACGAGGCAGUGUAAGAGUGGUUUCUACUUCUGUAAACUUUAUAUCAGUUAGAAACUAUGCUAAAAGUAAAGACCGAGGGAAGGACAAGAAAAGUAAAGGGGGAGGAAAAGUGGAGAUCAAUCCCACAAUCAUGUCAGAGUUAGUGGCUGUGGAGAAGCUCAAAGAAAGAUGUCAGAGUGCCAUUGAAAAUAUGAAAGAAGAUUUUGCUAAAAACCUUUCUCUACGGUCGACGACCGGCGCUAUAGACUCAUUACCAAUUAAAUAUGAUGGCAAAGAAUAUGAGCUGCAAGAACUAGCACAAAUAGUUAGAAAGAACCCUAAAACUAUUGUUAUAAACUUUGCCUCCUUCCCACAAGUAAUACCAGAUGUUUUAAAGGCAAUUUACAAUUCUGGGCUGAAUUUAAAUCCACAACAAGAUGGCACAACUUUGUAUGUCCCUGUACCUAAAGUUACAAAGGAGCACAGAGAGGCGUUAGCAAAAAAUGCUAAAGCUCUAUACAUCAAAUGCAGAGACACAGUCAAAGACAUUCAGAAUGAGUAUAUCAAGAAGAAUAAAAAGCAAACUGGUGUCUCGGAAGAUUUAGUUUUUAAUGUAAAUAAACAAAUAACAGCGCUAUGUGAACAGUACUUGGAGGAAGCAAAAAAUAUCUACAAUGCUAAGCAUGAUGAACUGUUGGGGAAAUAAUUGUACAUACUUUUGCAUUUAUUGUAAUUAAUUUUUGUGUUCAGCAAUUUAGAUCUAUAAUAAAUUAGAGCUUUAUAUU